AAAGGGAAAAAAAUAAAAGGGAAAGAAGCCAAAAAGGAAAAUGGAAGUAGUUCGAUCUCAUAGGAAAUCCAGUUAUAACGACGUCGUCGUUUCAACUCUUCCUCUCUACCGAUCUCUUCCUCCCCUCGAAGUCCGACUCGAAGAUUUCGAGCUCUUCGCCAUGGAUCGUCUCCGAGUUUCACAUCCUGUAUUUGCUCAGGCAAUGGAUCUUUGGAAAGUAAAUAGGAGUCAUCUGCAGGCAACAGAUGAUGUAAACAAGAAUAUCAUUUCACACUUUGUUAUUCGUCUUGUGUAUUGUAUAACAUCUCCAAGAAAUGCCGUCUCUGCUUCAGGCCUUAAGGAAGUAGGUGAAUCAGGUAGCCAUGAUGCUGCCAGUGGGAAUUGCACUUCAGAAGACAAAACUAAUGGGUCUUCAAGUUCCGGUUUCUUCGGGAUGAUGUUUUCAGGUGGGAAUGGUUCUUUUCUCACACGAACACGCAGUGCCACGAACGCUGUGCCACAACAGAUGCGAUCAAGUAGACAACUAUCAUGACAAUCUUAGGUUUAAAAAAAUUUAAAAUUUUAUGUUUGGGAGACUGAUUUCCCAGGUCUCAUGGGUGUCUUUGGACUCAAAGUUCCUCCAAUAUGGGUAAUAGUGCUCAAUCCAAACGUUAAAUCGGAGUGGGUGCUGAAUUUUGUAGAGAUGAUGUUGUGUGUGAUCAAGGGGUAAUAUCAUUUUGGA